AUGAGUAUGGAUUCACAACUGAUCAAGACAGUCAACAAGUUGCAAGACGCUUUUGCCACUGUAGGCGUGCACAACCCGGUUGACUUGCCUCAAAUUGCUGUUAUCGGCUCUCAGUCAAGUGGUAAGAGUUCUGUGCUGGAGAACAUUGUUGGCCGCGAUUUCCUUCCUCGUGGCACUGGUAUUGUGACCCGUCGUCCAUUGAUUCUGCAACUCAUCAACCGCCCUGCAGAAGAUAAAACCAACAAGGAGGAGUCAGCCAAAGAAGACGCUGGGAGAGAGAAUCAGAACGAAUGGGGCGAAUUUUUGCAUUUACCUGGCCAAAAAUUCCAUGACUUUAACAAGAUUCGUGAUGAAAUCGUCAAGGACACUGAACUCAAAACCGGCAAAAACUUGGGUAUCUCACCUCAACCCAUCAACCUGAGAAUCUUUUCACCCAACGUGCUGACCUUGACCUUGGUCGAUUUACCAGGCCUCACCAAAGUACCUGUCGGCGAUCAACCCAAAGACAUUGAAAAACAAAUCCGAGAAAUGAUUCUGAAAUACAUUACAAAGCCCAACUCAAUCAUCCUGGCAGUGACUGCAGCCAACACUGAUUUAGCCAAUUCAGACGGUCUUAAACUGGCCCGUGAUGUGGAUCCUGAAGGCUUGCGUACUAUUGGUGUGCUCACAAAAGUGGAUUUGAUGGAUCAAGGUACAGACGUCAUUGAUAUUCUGGCAGGUCGUGUGGUGCCUUUGCGUUUGGGUUACGUUCCUGUAGUCAAUCGUGGUCAGAGAGACAUCGAGAACAACAAAUCCAUUAAGCGUGCUUUGGAUGCUGAACGUGAAUACUUUGAAAAUCAUGCCGCUUACAAGUCCAAGGCUCAAUACUGUGGAACACCCUUUUUGGCUCGCAAACUCAACAUGAUCCUGAUGCAUCAUAUUCGCAAUACUCUGCCAGAAAUUAAGGCCAAGAUCCAAGCUGCUCUUUUAAAAUAUCAACAAGAACUAUUGACAUUGGGCGACCCCUUGGAUGAAGAUGGCAGCUCUGCUAACCGUGCCAACCUUGUCUUGAAUAUCAUUACCGAGUUUUGCACCGAAUUCAGAACAAUCAUUGAUGGCAACUCGAACGAUCUAUCCAGUUUUGAACUAUCUGGUGGUGCGCGUAUCAGUUUUGUGUUCCAUGAAUUAUACGCUAAUGGCGUCAAGAGCAUUGAUCCUUUGGAGCAAAUCAAAGACGUCGAUAUUCGCACCAUCUUGUACAACUCUUCUGGCUCCUCACCUGCACUCUUUGUUGCAACCACGGCAUUUGAAGUUAUCAUCAAGCAACAAAUCAGGCGUCUUGAGGAGCCCAGUAUCAAGUGUAUUAACAUGGUCUACGAUGAAUUAGUCCGUAUUCUAGGUCAAUUGCUCACCAAGCAAUUCUUUAAGCGAUUCCCUACGCUCAAGGACAAGUUCUAUCAAGUGGUAUUGGUAUUCUUCAAGAAGGCUCUUCAACCCACAUCUAAACUGGUGACGGAUUUGGUGUCCAUGGAGUCAUGCUACAUCAACACUGCUCAUCCUGAUUUCUUGAACGGCCAUCAAGCUAUUGCUGCAGUUACCGAGCGCAUUAACCAAAAGAAUCAACAGCAACAGAUUGAACCCAAGAAACAGCACAACCCCGCCAACGCUUUACAAACCAAUGCAUCCAGUGCAAAUGAAGAAACCAAUAGCAAUGGAUCACUCUUUGGAAGCUUCUUCUCGGGCAACAAGAAGACUACCAAGAAGACAUCGGCCUCAAGUAUGAUGGAUGCUCCACCUACAACAUUGAAAGCUACAGGGGCUUUGUCUGACCGUGAGUUUAUGGAGACCGAAGUCAUCAAAUUAUUGAUCCAAUCAUACUACAACAUUGUCAAGCGCACCAUGAUUGACAUGGUCCCUAAGGCCAUCAUGCUCAAUUUGGUCAACCAUUCCAAAGAAGAGCUUCAACGUGAGCUAUUGACAGAACUGUACAAGCACGAUGUUUUGGACGAUCUUUUACAAGAAUCCGACUUUACUAGACAAAGAAGAAAGGAAUGCAAAAAGAUGAUUGAGGCAUUACAAAAAGCAGAUGAAAUUGUUGGAUCCGUAUAG